AUGUCAGAUCAUGACAAGCCUCAUGAGGACUUCGUCGAAACCCAAAGCUCAAGCCUCAAUCUGCCAGAAGCCGAAAAAAGUCCAACCUUGGACACAGUGCACAAUGAUGAGGCAAUAAAAGUCCUAGCAAAUUAUACCGGGAACGAAACUUGGACUGAAGAAGAAGAGAGAAGACUCCUGAGACGAAUUGACUGGAGGCUCAUGCCAAUCUUAUGCAUCACAUAUGGCUUACAGUACUAUGACAAAGCCAUGUAUUCCCAAGCAGCUCUCUUCGGUAUCAAAGCAGACCUGGAAUUGAACAUUGGGAACCGAUACUCCUUUGCAGCUGCAAUCCUAUACCUGGGUUUUAUCAUCGGGACCUAUCCUGCCGUGACUCUGGCCCAACGGUUCCCAAUUGAGCGCGUCGCGUCCCUGAUAAUUACGCUUUGGGGAAUCUGCCUGAUCCUGACUCCUGUGUGCUAUAGCUACAGGGCGCUUUAUGCACAAAGAUUUUUCCUCGGUGUGUUGGAAAGUGGCAUUAGUCCAAUGUUUAUGCUCAUCGUGGGAGGCUGGUACAAGAAGAACGAACAAGCCAUGCGCAUGGGGAUCUGGUACAGCUGCACCGGCUAUGUUUCCAUCGUCUCCCCAUUGAUUAACUACGGUCUGGGCCACAUAAGUGGCUCUCUCUCCCCAUGGAAAUACAUGUACUUCGUCGCCGGCGCUGUAAUCAUAAUUUGGGGAAUGGUCCUCGUCUACCUUCUACCCUCCGACCCAAUCAGUGCGCGCGGAUUCAAUGAACGACAGAGAUACAUUGCCGUCGCACGGCUUCGAGUGAACAACUCGGGCGUACGAAACACGCACUACAAAAAAGGACAAGUGCUUGAACUACUGGGCGAUCUCAAAUUCUGGCUUAUCUUUCUGAUUGCAUUCUUGAGUAUGAUCGCAAACGGCCCCAUCUCAACUUUUACGCCCAUCAUUAUCGGCUCGUUUGGGUUUAGCACGUUGAAUUCUUUACUUUUGGUUAUCCCGGCGGGAUUCUUGGGUGGUUCCUUUAUGCUUAUUGGACCUUAUUUGGCCUACAAAUUUUCAGAUAAGGGUGUGAGGUCUUGGAUUGUGUUUACUGCACAGAUGAUUACGACCGUGGCUGCUGUUUUGCUGGUAGCGCUGCCUAUCGAGGCGACAGGUGGUUUAUUGUUCGCGUGUUAUAUUCUUCCGGCGAUUGGUGGUGGCUAUGCUGUGCUCAUGGGGCUGCAGAUUGCGAAUAUUGCUGGAUACACGAAGCGCUCGAUUGCUUCGUCGGGCCUCUAUGUUGGAUACUGCCUUGGAAACUUUACUGGUCCCCUUGUUUAUAAAGAGAAGGACGCGCCUCGAUAUAUUCCGGGUUUUAUAACUGUUGUUGUGACGUCGUUUGCCGCCGGUGUUAUUGUUCUCAUUUACAGGUUUAUUUGUGUUUGGGAAAAUCGGCGUCGAGAUGAUUCAGGAACGUCCGAGGGAUACGAGAAUGCAUAUCAGGAUGACUUGACGGAUAAAACGAAUCUCAAGUGCUCUGGUAUGCCCGGGGGCGUUCCGUGGCCAAAGUGCCUACGCUAA